UGCACGGAGAAGCCCACGUGUGCGGUUCCACUCCACAUGGCUGUGCUCCUGAAGAGGUUGUUGCAUCCCCCGAGGACCCCGGAGGCCUUGGGCCGCCCCCUGGGACGGCGCGAGGCUAGCCUGGGCACUCAUGCCGGGCCUGCGGUGCGAGUGCGGUUCGCCCCCAGCCCCACAGGCUUCUUGCACCUGGGCGGCCUCCGCACUGCCUUGUACAACUACAUCUUUGCCAAGAAGCACGGAGGGAGCUUCAUCCUGAGGCUGGAGGACACGGAUCAGACCCGCCUUGUGCCUGGGGCAGCGGACAAUAUAGAGGACAUGCUGGAGUGGGCAGGCAUCCCCCCUGACGAGAGCCCCCGCCGGGGAGGUCCUGCAGGGCCCUACCUGCAGUCUCAGCGACUUGCGCUCUACGCCCAGGCCACCGAAGCUUUGCUGAAGAGCGGCGCUGCGUACCCGUGUUUCUGCUCACCCCAGCGGCUGGAGCUCCUGAAGAGGGAGGCCCUAAGGAACCGCCAGACACCCCGGUAUGACAAUCGGUGCCGGAGCCUGAGCGAGGCGCAGGUGGCCCAGAAGCUGGCCAAAGACCCCAAGCCUCCCAUCCGCUUCCACCUGGAGGGGGAGGCGCCAGCCUUCCAGGACUUGGUGUACGGCUGGAAUCGGCAUGAGGUGGCCAGUGUGGAGGGGGACCCAGUCAUCCUGAAGAGCGACGGCUUCCCCACCUACCACCUGGCCUGCGUGGUGGACGACCACCACAUGGGCAUCAGCCACGUGCUGCGGGGCUCCGAGUGGCUGGUCUCCACCUCCAAGCAUCUGCUCCUCUACCGGGCCCUGGGCUGGCAGCCCCCGCGCUUUGCCCACCUGCCCCUGCUCCUCAACAGGGAUGGCAGCAAACUGUCCAAGAGGCAAGGGGACAUCUUCCUGGAGCAUUUUGCUGCUGCCGGCUUCCUGCCAGAUGCCUUGCUCGAUAUCAUCACCAGCUGCGGCUCAGGGUUUGCAGAGAACCAGAUGGGCAGGACCUUGCCAGAGCUGAUCACACAGUUUGACCUGACCCGGGUCACCUGCCACUCGGCCCUGCUGGACCUGGAGAAGCUCCCAGAAUUCAACAGAGGGUUGUCUAGGCUGGAGAUGCCCGUGGCAGGACGGUCCCUUGGCUUCCCCGGCAGGCUGCACCUCCGCCGGCUGGUGAGCGAUAAGACCCAGAGACGCCAGCUGGUGGGGAAGCUACAGGCUCUCGUGGAGGAGGCAUUCGGGAGCCAGCUGCAAGACAGGAAUGUGCUGGACGCAGCCUAUGUGGAGAGGAUCAUCCUGCUGAGACAGGGUCACAUUUGCCACCUGCAGGAUUUGGUCUCCCCAGUGCACUCCUACCUGUGGACUCGCCCUGCUGUGAGUCGAGCGCAGCUGGGUGCCGUCUCGGAGAAGGUGGACAUCAUUGCCAAGCGUGUGCUGGGGCUUUUAGAAGGACCCGGUAUGAGUUUAACUCAGGACAUGCUGAACGGAGAACUGAAGAAGCUGUCAGAAGGUCUGGAAGGCACCAAGCACAGUAAUGUGAUGAAGCUCCUCCGAGUGGCCCUCAGUGGACAGCUGCAGGGACCUCCUGUAGCUGAGAUGAUGUUGUCCUUGGGACCAAAGGAAGUGCGGGAACGAAUACAGAAGGUGCUUUCCAGCUAGAGAGAAGGUGUGCAGGACAGCAGAGGUGGCCACAGGAACUGUUCUUGUGGGACCUGCCCUCAGAGGGGAGGAGCAGGGGGCCUGGGGCCCAUCGGAAGCUUGUGGAAGGAACCAAGAAUGGACACACAACCUCUGGGUGCACAGGUGCAUUUAUGGCUCCACGCCAGGCCCAUCCUUAUCAGUUGGCCAGGGUCACCCAGCCCCCCUCACCUCCCUGACGCUGGAAAGGAAGGCCUCACGCAUGGUUCUGACACCACAGCACACAGCAGAGGUUAGGAGCUGGCUCACUGAACGGUCGCAGCUCAUGUUUUAGUCUGCUCGGGCUGCCAAGAAAAAAUAUCACAGAAUGUGGCUUAAAUAACAGAAAAUGAUUUUCUCACAGUUGUGGAGGCCAGCAGUCCAAGAUCAAGGUGUUGGCAGGUUUCAUUUCUCCUGAGGCCUCGCUCCUUGGCUUGCAGACGGCUGCCUUUUUGCUCUCUCCUCACAAGGCCUUCCCUCUGUGUGUGCCCUCGGUAUCUCUGUUUGUCCAAAGGCCCUCUUAGGAGGACACCAGUGAGAUUGGGUUAAGGCCCACCCUCACGGCCCAGUUUGAACUUAAUCACUUCUUUAAAUGCCCUGUCUGCAAAUUUGGUCACAUUCUGAGGUACAGAGAGGUUAGGGCUUCACAUGUGAGUUUUGAGGGGAACACAACUCAGCCCAUGCAUAACAGCUUGGCAGCAGCCUGGACUCCUGGGUCCCAGUUCUCGGGCCCAGUUUGACUUUGUUUUUUCGUUUUGUUCUGUUUUUUAAUUUAUUUAUUUUUGGCUGUGUUGGAUCUUGGUUGCUGCGCACAGGCUUUCUCUAGUUGCGGCGAG